CCGAGUGCCCCACCGAGAUCUCUACCCCAGUGUCGCCUGCUCCCGGUCCCAAACGGGCUGGGCACGGGGGAAACCUGCCGGAGCCAUGGAGGACGAGGUGGUCCGCAUUGCCAAGAAGAUGGACAAGAUGGUGCAGAAGAAGAACGCGGCUGGAGCAUUGGGUUUGCUGAAGGAGCUUAAGAAUACUAUGACCCUGGAAUUAUUACAGUCCACAAGAAUUGGAAAGUCAGCAAAUGCUAUUCGCAAGCAGAGUACAGAUAAAGAAGUGACAUCUUUAGCAAAGUCUCUCAUGAAGUCUUGGAAAAAGUUACUAGAUGGACCAUCAACUGAUAAAGGUCCUGAAGAAAAGAAAAAAGAUACUGCAAUUACAUCACAGAAUAGCCCUGAAGCAAGAGAAGAAAGUCGCUCCAGUGGCAAUGCAAGCAGCAGAAAGGAUGAGACAAAUGCUCAAGAUACUUACGUGUCAUCAUUUCCUCGGGCACCAAGCACUUCCAACUCUGUACGGUUAAAGUGUAGGGAGUUGCUUGCUGCCGCUCUUCGAACAGGAGAUGACUACAUUGCUCUUGGAGCUGAUGAAGAAUUAGGAUCUCAAAUUGAGGAAGCUAUAUAUCAAGAAAUAAGGAAUACAGGCAUGAAAUACAAAAACAGAGUACAAAGUAGAAUAUCAAAUCUCAAGGAUGCAAAGAAUCCAAAUUUAAGGAAAAAUGUGCUGUGUGGCAAUAUCUCUCCUGACUUAUUGGCUAGGAUGACGGCAGAGGAAAUGGCUAGUGAUGAGCUCAAAGAGAUGAGGAAAAACUUGACCGCAGAAGCCAUCAGAGAGCAUCAGAUGGCCAAGACGGGCGGAACCCAGACUACUGACUUAUUCACAUGUGGCAAAUGUAAAAAGAAGAAUUGUACUUACACACAGCUACAAACUCGUAGUGCUGAUGAACCAAUGACAACAUGUGUUGUCUGCAAUGAAUGUGGAAAUCGAUGGAAGUUCUGUUGAGUUGGAAGAAUUGGGAAAAAGUCUGGACCACUGAGAAAAUGGAUUUUGUAACUGGCUUCAAAACUAGGCCAACAAAGUAGUUUAUCUGCAAAUCA